AUGGUUCCUGCCGAAUCUCAGAAGAAAGAAAGUACUGCUCAUAUCUAUCUAUCUAUCUAUCUGUCUAUCUAUCUAUCUAUCUAUCAUAUCACAGUUUGUUUUGUUAGUAUCUAUCUUUUCUUUCUUUUUCUUUACAAUACCUUAUAUAAAACUUUCUUUUGUUCUUUCUUUCUUUCUUUCUUUUUUCUUUAUCUUUCUUACUUUCUUUCUUUCUUUUCCUUCCUUCUUUCUUUCUUUCUUUUUCCUUCAUUCCUUCCUACUUACUUUCUUUCUUUCUUUCUUUCUUUCUUUCUUACCAACCUACUUUAUAUUAUACUUGCAUCCCCCACCAUUUUUACGCUUUCUUUUUUCUUCUUCAUCUUUUUCUCUCUUCAUCUCACUCUCUCUGUUCUUUUCUUCAUAUUACACACGAUCAGCUACCAAACUUUCUUGAUUUGUAUCCCCAAGCCUACCCGACCAAGCCCACCCGAGUACCUUUCACUUUCUUCAUUAUCUUUUCUCCUCCUCCUACACCUCCUCCUCUUCUCUUCAGCUAAGAUCAAGUUAGCCGCUUUUUCUAUCCUUCUCUUCCUCUCUCUACUGCGGUCGUAA